CCGGGGCGCGUGACGUCGUCGCCAAUGAGCGAGCAGCGCGGGGACUUUGAAGUCCUGCCGCCCAAUCGGGCAGAGACGGCGCCUAUAAAGCGCGCGGCGGCGGCCGGCCGGCUCGAGACAGUGUCGGCGCGCCGGUGAGCGAGGUCGUAGGUGGGGGAGCAUGGCUCGCACGAAGCAGACGGCGCGCAAGUCGACGGGCGGCAAGGCGCCCCGCAAGCAGCUGGCCACCAAGGCGGCCCGCAAGAGCGCGCCGGCCACGGGCGGCGUCAAGAAGCCGCACCGCUACCGGCCGGGCACCGUGGCGCUGCGCGAGAUCCGGCGCUACCAGAAGUCGACCGAGCUGCUGAUCCGCAAGCUGCCGUUCCAGCGGCUGGUGCGCGAGAUCGCGCAGGACUUCAAGACGGAUCUGCGCUUCCAGAGCUCGGCCGUCAUGGCGCUGCAGGAGGCGAGCGAGGCCUACCUGGUGGGCCUGUUCGAGGACACGAACCUGUGCGCCAUCCACGCCAAGCGCGUCACCAUCAUGCCCAAAGACAUCCAGCUGGCCCGCCGCAUCCGCGGAGAGCGGGCUCUGUGCGCUCCGUCCCCGGGGCCCCGGCGGUCGGGUGGGGUGGAGAGGGGGCUGGUGCGGGUGGUGGUGAGCGAUGGCUUCGGGCCCGGGUCUCCCCCUGGCAGCCGUUUAAAGGCGCUGGGGCUCGCGCUACCGCUUGUGGCCUCGGCCCGUUUGUCGCCGCUGUCCCUGGCACGGCGGUUUGCGCCCGCUCGUGCCCUGUCCUGGGCGGACCGCCCCGGGGCUCCUGCCCUGAACAGCGCUAUGGCCCGCACGAAGCAGACGGCGCGCAAGUCGACGGGCGGCAAGGCGCCCCGCAAGCAGCUGGCCACCAAGGCGGCCCGCAAGAGCGCGCCGGCCACGGGCGGCGUCAAGAAGCCGCACCGCUACCGGCCGGGCACCGUGGCGCUGCGCGAGAUCCGGCGCUACCAGAAGUCGACCGAGCUGCUGAUCCGCAAGCUGCCGUUCCAGCGGCUGGUGCGCGAGAUCGCGCAGGACUUCAAGACAGACCUGCGCUUCCAGAGCUCGGCCGUCAUGGCGCUGCAGGAGGCGAGCGAGGCCUACCUGGUGGGCCUGUUCGAGGACACGAACCUGUGCGCCAUCCACGCCAAGCGCGUCACCAUCAUGCCCAAGGACAUCCAGCUGGCCCGCCGCAUCCGCGGAGAGCGGGCCUAGGGCGCGUGUCUAUAGCAGUCAACCUAAAGGCUCUUUUCAGAGCCACCCA